AUGGCCCCGAGGAGAGAACCGCGGCCACCUCUUGCGGACAACAUCGGCCCACGGUACUGCAUGCUGGACUGGGCAUUCGACAAGGGUCAUCGUGCCCGUUUCAUAGAGAACGGAGAGACGCUCCAGCCACUGCGCAUGAGGGGUCACGGGAUUCAUGGGCAUAUGGACUACGACGAGCGCUACGCGCCGCUCUUCAAGAGAGCCCGUCUGUUGGGUUUCGUGCUGCAGUUCAAGCGUCAGUCGCCGACGCUUGUCCACGCGGCUCUCACAGCUCUGAUUGACCGUUGGAGACCGGAGACCCAUUCUUUCCAUCUGCCAUGCGGGGAGAUGACGGUGACCCUAGAGGACUGGGGGAUGAUUACUGCAAUGCCGAUCGAGGGUCAUGCACUCACCGGUCGAGUGGAGAGGGCCAACUGGCAGGAGAGGGUCACCACCCUCAUCGACGACUGCCCCGGUGCCAAGAGUAACCGUACAUCCGGUGUGCCGUUGAUCUGGCUCUCGGAGCACCGGAGGACAUGCCCCCAAGGCGCAGAUGAGGCGACUGUGGAGUUGUACGCGAGGGCCUAUCUGUGGUAUAUUCUCUCGGAGGUCGUGUUUCCAGACAGCUCCGGGAACUCUGCCAACUGGGCGUAUUUGUUCUUCCUAGCGGAUUGGGAUGCAGGGUACAGUUGGGGGACGGCAUCUCUCGCCUACCUAUACCGUUCGCUUGACGACGCAACGCAGAGGACGGGAGACAAGUCCAAUAUGGGUGUCUUUGUCUGGGCCUUCUCCAUUUGGAUGUGGGAGCGGCUGCCGGUGGGGCGUCCGGAGAAGUUGCCAAGACGCCCAUGGGAAGACUAUGGCGAAGAAGGCGAAGAGACUCGAAACCCCACCGUAGCUUACGAGUGGGACGUUGUCAAACUCUACACGGGCCUAAACAAGACUUCGUACAAGACCUACACCAACGAGUUGGACGCUUUGACGCAUACGCAGGUAAUCUGGUGCCCGUAUCGACAAGAACGAGAGUGGGCCUUUGAUCUGAACGUGAUGUGCGAUGCGGACCGUGGUAUCUGGCGGUGCAUCGUGCCCAUGAUCUGUGUGUACGCCGUCGAGUGGCAUUUGCCACAACGCGUGGCCACGCAGUUUGGGAUUUAUCAGCAUACCCCACCGGGCCAGCCCACCGAUACCGGCGGCCACGCGCUGCACCUCAUGAGCCGGCAGAAGAAUCAGUCGAUCACAGACUGGGGAGAGGAGCAUAAGACUCAUGUGACGGAGUGGAAUCGACGGAGGUGGCGUAAAGACGUGGAGAGGAGAGCCACACAGGGUCUCAUCGGCUCAUCGAGCCAUGCUCCCUCGUCGUCCAGGUUGGUUGGGGAGGAGGAGGAAGAGGAUGAGGAUGAGGAGGCCACACAUGAAGAAGAGGAGGGGGAGGAGGAUGAGAGCAACGGGGAGGAGGAGUACGAUGAAGAUUAUGGACCUCCACCAACUCAAACAUCUCAGGCAUCUCAGCUGCCGAAGAGGAAUCCGAAGAAGAAGGAUUUGCUGAGUCCGGACCCUUUCCAGAGACCGGUUCCUCGCCGGCCCAAGAAGAAGACCGAAGAGACUCAGGACCCUACCGCCAGGAAACCUGGCGGUAGGGUUACACAACCUACCGCCAGACACCAUGGCCGUAGGGUGAACCUACCGCCAGGGCCCUUGCAUAUUUCGUUACAGAAACUUUCGGCAAAACCGUGCCACACCUUACCGCCAGAGCACCUGGCGGUAGGGUUAGACAUCUUACCGCCAAGUUGUCUGGCGGUAAGGUACUGA